GCUUACCCCUCCCCCAAGCCGCCCCCUCCCCCUCACCCAUCUUCCAAGUUCCCCCUCCCUCCCCCGUCACCCCGGCUCCCGGUGCCCGUCUCUAGCGCCGCCGGAGCCAGCAAGGGAGGCGAGCGAACAGGAGGAAGAGGAGGAGGAGGAGGCCAAGUCGCCGCCGCUCGGAGCCCGGCCGGAGCCUCCCAGGUACAUGGUUCAGGUCCGAGCCGUGGUGAUGGCCCGAGAUGACUCCAGUGGGGGCUGGCUGCCUGUGGGGGGCGGGGGCCUCAGCCAGGUGAGCGUUUGUCGGGUCCGAGGGGCCAGGCCCGAGGGGGGGGCCCGCCAGGGGCACUACGUCAUCCACGGGGAGCGCCUUCGGGACCAGAAAACCACCUUGGAGUGUACCCUGAGGCCAGGCUUGGUUUACAACAAGGUCAACCCCAUCUUCCAUCACUGGAGUCUGGGCGACUGCAAGUUCGGGCUGACGUUUCAGAGUCCCGCAGAAGCUGAUGAGUUCCAGAAGAGCCUGCUGGCUGCGCUGGCAGCACUGGGGCGAGGCUCGCUCACCCCCUCUUCCUCCUCCUCUUCCUCCUCCCCUUCCCAGGACACCGCAGAGACUCCCUGCCCUCUGACGUCCCAUGUGGACAGCGAGUCCUCCUCCAGUCACAGCCGCCAGGAGACGCCUCCCACCGCUGCGGCCGCCACUGUCAUCACCGUGGAGUCAGCUUCUGGCUUCGGGCCGGCCACGUCCCCCCAGCGCCGCCGCUCCUCGGCCCAGAGCUACCCUCCGCUCCUACCGUUCACGGGGAUUCCGGAGCCCUCAGAGCCCCUGGCCGGGGUAGGGGGCCCGGGCUGGGGCGGCCGUGGCUAUGAGGAUUACCGGCGCGCUGGGCCGCCUGCACCCCUCGCUCUGUCCACCUGCGUCGUGCGCUUCGCCAAGACCGGCGCGUUGAGGGGCGCAGCCCUGGGGCCUCCCACCGCACUACCCGCCGCUCUGGCCGAGGCUGCGCCCCCAGCGCCCCCAGCUCGCCCU